CGGCGUUCUUUUAAACGUGUCUCGCUCCGAUCACUUUCCUUAAGUGUUCAGUCUUAUUUUAUUUCGCGCGCAGAUUUUAUUCGUCUGAUUUAUUUUUUUAGACCUGACUUUUAGUCUGUAAUUUUAAAUCGUAGCGUUUUAUUUUAAAUUUUUAUGGACAGGUACUUUGUGUACACUGUCGCGCUUUCGCCUGACGUGGGCGGCGAUGUUGAACGCGAACCAGAGGAGUUCACCGCAGCUAAGGAGUUUUACGCACACAUCAAGGAGUGUUUUGUGGAGAGCGUCAACAAUAACCGAGCACGUUGCCUUUCAGAAUGCUCUCCACACACCGUUGCUCCCCCACGCUGGUAUUUUGCUGUCCAAGUUGUGGGAAAACAUUACCAGGUGUGCAGCCCCAAGUGGCUGGAGGUGGGCUCGGAGGCGGAUGGAGCCUUGGCCGAGUGUUUGUCGGCUGUGCGGUCAUAUGAGGACGAGGUGGACAGCCAAGACAAUGACGAGGACAGCAGGUGUCACAUUGGUGAAGCGGCCGAGUGUUUGCACCGUUUGGCAAACGAUCUCCCACCGCCAGGCCGGGCGCUGUUGGACGUCACAUGGGCCGCGUACCGCCUGCCCGCCCCUGUCGAGUUCCUCCCUCUGCUCGGAGCCCUGCGGCGCAUGGCAGAGUGGCAUGCAGCACGGAUCUCCGUUUUCUCGUCGGGCACCUUCACGGUGAGCCCUGGCAUUGUGAGCUUCCUACAGGCGCACACGUGGGAGUUGGGUGACGGCGCGUUGUGUCCAGCGGACGUUGCAAGGACCGUGGAUGUACACAUGGUGUGGCGGGGAGAUGUACGCGUAUUCAACAACGAGGCACCCGGUUCGGAUGUGAUCUUCCCAGGAGUGAAGCUGAAGACACUGCCCAGAGAUUCUCUCUCGGAGGCCCUGGACCCACCCGACAACUCGACAGCGGAGAAAACACCGCGGAGAAGGAACGCUAGAGGGUGGAGGAGGAACGCCGUUCCAGAGGUGCGCCUGUACUUUGGGCAGAGCCUCGACCUGGUCGGUUUGGUAGACGCAAAGACCAUCCCGGCUCACCUCAUCUCGGCCACUCGUCUUGAGCUUGUAGCGGAGGAUGAGACUGGUUCCGCUGUCCGAUUCCUGGAAAAGCUUUCCGCCUUAAAGGGGACGGUGGGAGCCUUGUUUCGCCUGGGCUGCACCAUCACUGGCACUGCAGUGCCUCCGCCCAGUGAGCGCAGCUACAGCAAGUGGAAGGAGCUGAAAGCUAAGAAGUCGGAUCAUCUCUCAGUGCCCAAUGUCAAAGUCAAAGGCGAAAGCAGCAGCCGCUUCCUGUUCGUCCAGGGGGGCGGCCGAAAUGGCUGCCGCGCAACGCUGAUACGGACGGCCGACGGGAUAAACGGAGCGGCAGCAGCAACCAUUGCGCAACAGCUGAUCAGCACAAGCCACAAACUUCAUUGCACCGGUUUUGACGCCAUGGGUUUUCUGGGUCGCCUGCCUGUUUACCGCGGCGAUGAGCUGGUCGCCGUGGAGAUGAGCGUGGCCCAUCUGCAGAUGCUGAUGCUGCAGGAGUGGAAUGGGCGGCGUGAGAAGUGUGGUGACGGAGCGGAGGAGGCGACGAAGAAGGCGGACGACGACCUGGCGCACGUUUUACGCGAGUGCCGCACGCGCUGCGUGGAGCGAGCGGAGCGGGAGCUGCCCCGGGGAGCCACCGCACUCGCCCACGUCGCCCGGCGCCCGUGCCCAUCGCUCGCCCAACUCGUUGCCGCACGUCGGAGGUCAUCAACGCAGCUGGAAAUCCGGGCACUGCAGAAUCGCGAAGCAGCCGAGAGCUGGGCACAGGGUCGCAGCGCCGAGCGUCAGCCGUGGGCGGCAGCCAAGGGGCCCGUCCGCGGGACCCGUCCCUCGGGCCCCUCAGGGGUCCUCUCGGCACGGGAGCUGCUGCUUCUCUUCAACAAGGACGGCACGGCCGCGGCGGGGCCCACAGCCGCCACCCUGCCGGCACCCGUACGUGGCGGUCUGAGCAGGUGGACGGAAGGGCUGACCGUGGAGAAGCUCUCAUCCAUGCCCUUCAAGGAGCUUCAACACUGCCGGUUCCACGGGCUCGACUAUUGCCUGGACAGCAAGCGGUCACUGCAGGUCGACCGCACGCUGGCUCUGCUGCAGUCCCGCUGCGUCCGGCACGAGACGCGAUCGCCCUGCGGCCUCGGCGGAGACAUCGCUUACUCCGUCGCCGCCACUGCUGCAUCGUCGCCAGCGCCGUCGCCUGCUCCGUCGCCGGCGCCUGGUGCCCCGGAAGCUGGCAGUAGCAGCAGCGUUCUGGACGGCGAGAGGUUGCGUAAGCGAAGCAGGGGGGCGGCUGAGCCGCCUGGAAUCGGCAGGAGCGGCAGGAUGCUGCGCUCGGAGAGCGGUGAGUCGCUCAGCUCCUGGUCGUCCCUGCGUUACAGCGCCUCCGUCGAAAGCAGCAGCAGCGGUGGCGGUGGCGGCAGCAAGGCCGCCCCCGUCAAGUGUCGACCCCCAGGGUCCUCGCGGGACGUGCCACCUCCAGACGGCACGCCGUCGCUCCCACGCCACACGGAACAGGUGCACGACGAGAAGCAAGCGCAAGCAUCUGAGAAAGGUCGGAGGUCGCUCGACUCGAGUUCAGACGGAGCCUCCAAGAGGCCCAAGGAGUCUCGCUUGCAGAAACACAACCGGAUGCUGCUUGAGGUCGUCUCUCGCGCCGUAAAAGAUCACGGCAUCGCGCUCGGGCACCCGUGCUACGACGCAUGUAGCAAACGCCUCUUCCAGAUCUCAAAGUUGUACCUCAAGGAUCUGACCACGUCAAGAGGUCUACACGAAGAGAUGAUCAAGUCGGCCAAAAACAAUGUCCAGCAGGUGGUGGAGUGGGUUCUGGAGAAAAAUGCCAAAAAAUGAUGCGAUUUUCGUCUGCUACUCUGAAAAAAACCCAUCAUCAAGCCAUGAUAUAGCCACACCCGGAUGAAGGCCUUCCCAAGCCAUCAAAAUGAAAUCCUACCCUGCAACGUUUGACAGUCUACUUUUACAAUUGACCCUGGAGGUGUUUCUGAAGCUUCUACGUCUCCUUGAGAUGCUCCGUAGAAUGUUCAGCGUGGUUUUACGCACUCUGUGUUUCUAAAAAGUUGGUCGCAUCUGUGCUCGCGACCUUUAUAGAAUUAGCGCAGCACCCGUGCUGGUCUGUGGCAUCCUCGUGAUAUUGUAAGUUUUACUUCUGUGGUAAGUUGUGAACCAGACACCCUCAUCACAGACGGAGCGUGUCGCUUAUUUUUACACGGCUAGUUCCACUGUUGUUUUAACUGGCAUUGUGCUACACAACUUGGGCAAGCAGAAACGGCUUGAGAUCCCAUGUGUUAACAUUGUUUCGGUGUGAGCUUUUAACUGAAAUCUUUUUUUACAUGUGUUUUUAUUGUACUGCCGUUUUGCGGUAUUGUUCAAAGAAUGUUUAUCCCGCACACUUUUGUUUCUUAAACGGACUGUGUUACCAUAUUUAAGCUUACCUUUUGGAAAUAAAGCCGCUGAAAUAUAAUAUUGAACAAGCAUUUGUCUAAAAAAUAAUAACUUGGAAAAAUAUUUUUCAAAUUUGUAUUUGAUUAAAUCUUGACUUAAAGCUUUUGUGACUGCAGGAAUUAAUAUUCUUUGGGUCUUUCAGUCACGUAGAUAGGUACAAAUUAAUCAAAUAUAUAUAUAUAAAAUAAACAAUAAACUACGACAUUUCGAUCACAACACAAGCGAUCGUCAUUAGGAGGAUGAUGAUCGUCAGGAGGAUGACAAUCGCUUGUGUUGUGAUCGAAACGUUGUAGAUUUUGGUUUAUUUUAAAUUUUUUAUUAAUUUGUACCUAUCUACGUGACUUUACCGAAAGACCCAAAGAAUAUGUAUUUGAUUAACUUAAUUUGUAGUCGAUUACGUGGGCCCCUUGAAAAAUUCUUCCUUCAGAAGGCAGGAAAGCCCCGACAAGUUGCUCCAAGCAUGAUGGGGCUGAUAUUGCCGAUGACAUUGCCGACACGUGGAAACGGUGACACUUUCCCCCUCCCUCCAAACUACAUUCGUGAUUCGAAUAGUCGAGCAAUUGAACGGAUUAAUCGAUCAACGAAGCAAAUUAGAUCAUAAUCAAACAGCCGUUGGGAUAACACAAACGGGCUCUUGAUUUAGAAAAAAAUAGCAGGUGUUGCCAUCAAAGCAUCGUUCAAAGUGACAGCCCCCAAUACUGUGAUUGUGGCUGCUCCGCAUUCAAGAACCACCAAUGUCAUUGCUCACACCGUGCAGCCGAAACAUAUAUUUUUGAAAUCGUUAGCCAUAAUCGUAUCCACUGCUGGAUGACGACCCUCCCAGGCUGUCGCCACUCCCUCAGUCUCGUGGAGGAACAGUCCGUCUCGUUCCUGCGCACCGAGCUGAUUUCAUUGCUCCAUCGCCACUUCGGGUGUCUCCUAGGGCAUGUUUGCUCCGGCCAGCAUCCCCGCUCCGGCCAGCAUCCCCACUCCUUUUGUGCUGCAACUUGCCCUAGCCCGCUCACUUUGACGAACAGACAAUUCGCGCACGUCAUUGACAAUGAAAA